UCUUCAGAGGAUGAUAUCACAUGCAGUCUUUAGUACUUAAUUCCAGCACACAGUCAACCCACGUGUAUUCACGUGGGUAGAUCUAGUCCACACCUACAAUAUUAUUGUCGGACACGCCCUAAACCUGCUGACUUCAGCUUCUCGCCUCUCAUUCUCUUCUUUAAGUUCUUUUCUCAUUUUCUUUCGCUCUCUUUUGUUAGGAAUGGCUACUCGUAGGAUUCCAGACCAACAGUUGUAUUAUGCAGCAAGGAAUGGAGACAUAGAAGGAAUGAAAACUGCCCUCUUUAAUGGGGCAGAUAUCAAUUGGAAGAAUCCUAUUGAGGCUAAGUGGACUCCAUUACAUAUAGCAGCUUUCAGUAACAGGAGUGAGUCUGUCCAGUGGUUACUCUUUAAUGGUGCUGCUGUUGACUCAAGAGAUGUUGUGAGUUGUAUAUUGAAUGAUACACACAUUAUUACAACAUGAUGUAAUGUAGUACAUGCUAGUUGAUAAUAAACCAGUUCCAAU